GAAGGACUUUGGCGAGUUGCUGUGGGGCUUCUUGUAGAUGUUACACACUGUGACUCGGGUUGAGUUUUCUUUUGAAGACCACGGCAACGGAUCCCAAGUAAUAGCUGCCAUCCGCAAUUUGCGUUACAAGGGUGGGAACACGAGAACAGGAGCAGGAUUGAAAUACGUAGCGGACAACUUCUUUGGAUCAGUCAAGCUGAGGCGUAGUGUGCCCAAGAUCGCUAUCUUGAUAACAGAUGGAAAAUCACAGGAUAACGUUGAGCGACCAGCCUUGAAGUUACGGAGCCAAGAUGUUAAACUAUUUGCAGUUGGGAUCAAGAAUGCAGAUAAAAAGGAACUUGAUGAUAUUACCUCAACACCCGCAAAGGAAUAUUCGUUCUUUGUGAAUGACUUCAAAAUCCUACGAACUCUCACACCGCUCAUUUCACGGAGGGUUUGCACCAUUACUGGGGGAGCCUUGGAUGUACCCGGUGCUACUGAAGUGCCUGCCGGCCCUUCAAGAUUGACCUUCAGCGACGAGGGCUUUGAAUCGAUGCGAAUUCGAUGGACUGUGGCAGUCGGGCCUGUGAUGGGGUACAAAGUUCAAUACACUCCCCUCAACGCGCUGGGCCUUCCAAUCGCAGCUGAACUCCGAGAGAUUACUAUUCGCCCAGGUGAGAACUCGGCUUUUUUACAAGGACUGAAGCCUGCAACUGAAUAUCUGGUCACAGUGAUAGCUCAGUAUGCAAACAGCAUUGGGGAAUCCACCUCAGGAAAGGGGAGGACAAAGACCUUGCCUGGAGUCUUGAAUUUCCGAGUGGCGAAAGCUGAACAUUUCAGGCUGAAGCUGGCAUGGAAACCACCUGCUCUUUCUCUGCAAGGAUAUCGGCUUAUCUACAAGCCUCGAGGAGAUGCAGACACACAGCUGGAGGAGAAAACCCUGAGUGCCGAUGCCACCUCCUUCACCCUCGAGGAGCUACUGCCAGACACGGUGUACGUCAUCACCAUACACCCCAUCUACCCAAGGAAUACAGCAGCCCCGACCUCCAUCUCUGGCAAGACGUUGCCUCUGGAGUCAAUACAGCAACUGACUGUUCAAAAUGUGACUCCACAGAGCGUGCGAGUCAUGUGGAGAGGAGUGAGUGAUGUUACAGGCUACCGACUGAAGUGGGGCCCAUCCACAGGAAGAGAUGUCCUGGCUGUCACCCUGGAACCAUCCGCUGAAUUGUACCAUAUCCAGGGUCUUAUACCAAACACUGAUUAUACAGUAAUCAUAACGGCAUUAUACGGAAGAAUGGAGGGUCCUCCUGCGAAUACCAGGAUGAAAACAGAUGUGGCAGGAGGGCUGGUUUUAAGGACCCUUGGGAUUAGUCCGACCACUAUCCGUGUGACAUGGAAUCUCCAGGCGGAUGCCAGCAGCUACAGGAUAGAGUGGAGAAAAUCCGCAGCGGACUUGUCGCAAUCUCACAAAGCUGUGCUCUCUGCCACCACCAACAACUACGACAUUAUCAACCUUUCACCUGGCACUGAAUACGCCAUAACACUCUAUACUCUGUACAAUGGCAGGGAAGUUGCAACGCCAGCAACCAUGUCAAAGACAGUGGAAAAAGAAAUCGCACUGGGCACUGUUACAAACCUGAGAACGGUGGAAACAACAGGCAGCCAGAUUCGCAUCAGCUGGACUGGAGUGGCUGGUGCAACGGCUUAUAAAAUUGUGUGGAGAGGUCAAACAGGUUAUGAGUUAACUAGGAUCGUGUCACAUGAUAUAACCUCAUUUGACAUUGACCGUGUGCAACAAGGAGGAACGUACUACAUCAAAGUGUCCCCAAUUUCUGGAAACAGAGAAGGGAAUUCUGUUAGCAUUGUGGUCCGAGCAGAUACAACUAUUGAACAUGUGUCGGAACUACGUGCCGUGGAGACACGGAAUAACCUGAUCCGGAUAACAUGGAGAAGGGUACCCCAGGCUACAUCAUACAAGGUCACGUGGAAAGGUGCUGAUGGAAUUGAGGAGAGCAGAGUGUUAAGUAGCGCUGUUAAUACGUUUGAUGUGGAAGGAUUGCAGCCGAAUACAGUGUAUGCCAUUGGUGUUUCAGCGAUGAUAGGAAACAGACAGGGAACCCCUGCCACUGUCACGGCGAGAACAGAAUCUCUUGUGGGAAGCGUGACGAAUCUUCAAGUCGUUGAAACCCAAAGCUCUCAGAUUCGUAUCACCUGGUCUGGAUUUCCCAGGGUGACAGCGUACAGGGUCACAUGGAGGCGAGCUGAUGGUGUUAAGGACAGUAGACUUCUGAGCAGAGACACCACCUCGUUCAACAUUGAAGGGUUGCAGCCCGACACCAUGUAUGCGAUUGAGGUAUCGGGAUUGGUUGGGCCCAGAGAGGGAAAUGUCGUCACAGUGACCACAAAGACCAAUCCCAUUGUAGGAGAUGUGACCAAUUUGCGAGUGACUGAGUCUCGACGGAACAUGCUCCGGAUUGCCUGGACUGGAGUAGGCAGUGUGUCCGCGUAUAGAAUCACAUGGAAGAGCGCUGAUGGUUAA